CCCGAGCCGCAGCAGAUCCGACGCCUGGCUUGGGGUUCGAACUCUCCACAGCCGGAGUCCAACUUGGUGGGACGAGCAUCUUUCGGAAGAAAAUGCCUCCUUCGUCAAGCAGUUGGUCUCGGAAGAAAAUGAAGCUCAGUUAGCAAGUAAACUGAGCCCUCUGAAAGAUGAACCCUGGCCUAUACAUCCUUGGGAGCCAGGUUCUUCGCGAGUCGGUGUGAUCGCCCUGAAGCUGGGCAUGAUGCCCCUGUGGACCAAAGACGGGCGGAAGCAUGUGGUCACGUUGCUGCAGGUUCAAGACUGUCAUGUCCUAAAAUAUAUUUCGAAGGAAGAUCACAAUGGCAAGAUGGCGGCCCUGACCGUCGGAGGGAAGACUGUGUCCCGCUUCCGUAAACCUGCAUCUGUCUUGAAAUUUUACCAGCAACUUGGAUUACCACCCAAAGAGAAAGUCAAGAUCUUCCACGUCACGGACAACGCUGUAAUUAAGCCAGGCACGCCCCUGUACGCUGCACACUUCCGCCCAGGGCAGUACGUGGACGUCACCGGCAAAACUAUCGGAAAAGGAUUUCAGGGCGUUAUGAAAAGAUGGGGAUUUAAAGGGCAACCUGCUACUCACGGCCAAACGAAAACCCACAGGAGACCAGGAGCCAUCUCAACUGGGGAUGUCGCUAGAGUGUGGCCCGGAACCAAACUGCCCGGGAGAAUGGGGAACGUGGACCGGACGUCAUUUGGACUCAGAGUGUGGAGGGUCAACACGAAGCACAAUAUAAUCUACGUCAACGGCUCAGUGCCUGGACAUAAGAACGGCUUAGUAAAGGUGAGGGACUCCAAUCUGCCUGCGUACAGAGACCUGGGCAAGCAUCUCCCCUUCCCCACGUACUUCCCCGACGCCGAUGGUGAGGAGCUGCCCGAAGACUUGUAUGACGACAGCGUGUGGCAGCCCGGAGCCCCGUCGGUCAGCUUUGCCUAGCGCCCCCCACGCAGCAGAACGUGACUGCCGGGAGCCUCUGGGAGCCCGCCCUGCACCUCUGCUGCCCCAGGGCCUCCACCGCAGCCACACCCCAACGUGGACGGCUUGGCGACGAGCAAACUCAUCGGUGGCCUUCGUUAUUAUUUUUUACACUCUGCAAUCCCUAAGUCUUGCCAUGUUUAGUUCCUACUGCCUGUGUCUGUGUGUCGGUGUCUUGGGAGAAAGCCAGGUGUGGGUGAAAUAAAAUCAUGGUCCACAUGUGUGGAAAAAAUGCA